GCUACGCGCUACGCCUUGCUCAGUGUCGUAGUGACAGAGACAGUGCAAAGAGUUCCUGCUCGGUGCAGGGCAUCCCGGAGGACCGCCCCACUACCCCCGACUUCGCCCCGCCACCCCGCACGGAGGGGCAUGAGGGUGCCGCCGGCCUAGGAAGCACCCCGUCGACGCCCCAGCAGCCCCAGCACCGCGUGGCCACCGCGUCGUCUCCCUGGACCGACAACACAGCGCGGUUGCAGGCCAGGAUGUGGCUGGCGGGACUGCUGUUCGUGCUGGCGGCCUUGGCGCCCUCCCACACCGCCCCCAGGACGCGCGCCCGCGUGCCCCACGUCCCGGACAGGGUGUACCCCGUCGUCCCGGACGAAGUGCGGAUGGACCCGGAGGACCUGGAGAUCCUGCAGGCUUCCGGACAGGACCCGGAAGUGGUGCCGGGGCUGCUCGAAGGCGACAUGGCGAUGAGCAGUGACGCCUACGACUACUGGCGGGUGGGGCUGCGGUGGGACGUGUUUCCAGAGCGGCUUUGGCCUAACAGGACGGUGCCCUACGUCAUAAGUCCCCUUUACGACACGGACAGCUACAUCACCAUCUACAAAGCCAUCAGGACCAUCAAGUUCAUGACGUGCGUCAAGAUGGUGCCAUGGAACGGCAAGGCCAAGGACUUCCUGCUCAUUUGGCCCAUCAAGUUCCCCAAGGGGUGCUGGUCGUACGUGGGCAAGUUCGGCGGCGCGCAGAUCGUGUCGCUGCAGCCGCCCGACGCACGCGGUCCCAACUGCCUUGGCAAGGAGGGCAGGGCCAUCCACGAGCUGCUGCACGCGCUGGGCAUCUUCCACGAGCAGAGCCGCGCGGACCGCGAUCGAUUCGUCGACGUUCACGUGGAGAACGUCAUCCCAGAAUUCCGCAACAACUUCGACAAGCAGAGUUUGGAGAACACGACCUAUAAAUUUGAGUACGACUACGACAGCAUAAUGCAUUACGGCAAGAACUUUUUCAGCUCCGGCAAAGGAAAGCCGACUAUAACGCCCAAGACGAAGGGGGCCAAGCUCGGGCAGCGCGAGGCCAUGAGCAAAACGGACUGCCUCAAAGUGAACGAUCUCUACGGCUGCCUGGACAAGUCGGUGGCGGCGCGUCGGAAGUACUACGCUCUCUGUGACAUGAUGGGAAUCUGAAGACAAGGACAAAGUUCAGCUGUAUUCCCUCCGCGCGUUCCUCAACCCACGUUUCUUUCCCUGUCCCCCAAACCCAAAAACAGUGUGAAAAAUAAAUCCGCAAAAGCCAGCA